AAUUCAUUGUUUUUUUUGCUUUCAACUUGAGAAGUCGUGCGGUGGAACUCUGUCAUAAAAACUUUUUGUCUCGCUCUUCUCUGUGCAUGUGUUUGUGUGUGUAAAUUAGUUAAAACAAAUUAGCACAACAAAAUAAAAAAAAAAAAAUUAUAAGAACUUAUAUAUAUAAAUUACAACAAGAAAAGCAACAGCAUGUCAGCCGAGGAAGUUGAAACGCAACCCGCUGUUGAGGCGACAAAUGGAAGCAAAUUUGAUGUACCCGAAAUUGAAUUGAUCAUAAAGGCAUCCACCAUCGAUGGACGUCGAAAGGGAGCUUGCCUAUUCUGUCAGGAAUAUUUUAUGGAUUUAUAUCUAUUGGCCGAAUUGAAAACAAUUAGCCUGAAGGUGACCACAGUGGAUAUGCAAAAGCCACCGCCAGAUUUUCGUACCAAUUUCGAGGCAACACAUCCACCAAUAUUGAUUGAUAACGGUCUGGCCAUAUUGGAGAAUGAGAAAAUCGAAAGGCAUAUCAUGAAGAAUAUACCCGGUGGCUAUAAUCUCUUCGUUCAGGAUAAGGAUGUUGCCACAUUGAUUGAAAAUCUGUAUGUGAAAUUGAAAUUGAUGCUGGUUAAGAAGGAUGAUGCCAAAAAUAAUGCACUGCUAUCGCAUUUGAAGAAGAUCAACGAUCAUUUGGCCAAUCGUAAUACCCGAUUCCUAACAGGUGACACCAUGUGCUGCUUCGAUUGUGAACUAAUGCCUCGUCUGCAGCAUAUCCGCGUGGCUGGCAAAUAUUUUGUCGACUUUGAGAUACCGACACAUUUGACGGCGUUGUGGCGUUAUAUGUAUCAUAUGUAUCAAUUGGAUGCCUUCACACAAUCAUGCCCAGCCGAUCAGGACAUUAUCAAUCACUAUAAGCUGCAACAGAGUCUCAAAAUGAAGAAGCAUGAGGAGCUGGAGACGCCAACGUUUACCACAUCCAUUCCAAUUGAUAUUUCGGAGUAGAGUCACCAAUUUUCGUAUAGCCAUGAUGCAGUAAUUCCCCCCAAAACGAUUGCUCUCCCCCUUCACACACACAUAAGAAACGUUUCAAAGUAGCUGACCACAGAUCCAUUGUUUUUUUAUACUUGGAUACACACACACACACAACAUAUUUAACUGAGUGGAAUGUGACAAUUACAACUACAAAAACAACAACAACAACUGCAACUGCAACUAUAUACAUAAAUGUAUACUUAACACACAUGCAACAUAGCAUAUUUAUAUGUAUAUCUUUAUAUACAUAUAUAUUUGAUAACGAGCAAGAGCAUUUUGCCGUGUUGCCUUUUCAAUUUAGCUAUGCGUAAUUGAAUUUUAUUUACUGAUUUACGACUUAAACUACAGAAACAAAACAAAAAAAAAAAAAACUAUAUACAAAACUUUUAAGAAACAUGUAACUAUUAUUCCCCCCUUUCCCUGAUUUUUGUUUUAUUUGAUUUGAUUUGAGCUUUUUUUUUGUUU